UUGAAGAGCUCAAAGAGCUUUACUUGUGGAAAGCGACAGAGCAGGAUCUGCGUGGCCCUUUGCAGGCGCCUUUAAUCACUCUCUGCUGCCCGUUCCUCAGAAACCUGCUUUUGUGUUUACUGACUUAUACCUCGACAACAAACGCCCACCGCACACGGCGGUGUCCGCUUGCCGUUUUUGUUACUACAACAACACGGCAAGUGACGCUAAUCAGCUUGGCGUGCUUGAUUAGAUGACCAAUUAACCAUCUCGAGGCCACUGGCGCGAUGUGGGAGUGGCUGUGGGCGAUUGUUUGCUGGGCUCAGCUCUCUGUGCUCGAACCAGUGGUCCGCUGGUGGGAAGAAGUCGUACUUGGCAGCUGGGAGGAAUGGCUUCUAGCGCUCGUGCGGCAGGGCUUUGAGGAAACAACGCGGUUCCUGAAUGGCAUCGCGACGUGGUUUCUGCAGCUCCUAAGCAAGCAGCGAUACAGGGAUCAGCUCCAAAGGGCGUGGCAGGAAAAUUCUUGGCAGCAGUGGUGGGGUCAGGUCGCAACUCGGCCAUCCACGUUGAACGCGCUGGUUGCCAACCUGGUGGCGCAGCAGCAGCAGGAGCAGCAGCAGGAGCGUUGCAUUGGUGCGAGCGCGGCGGGGGCAACAGAUUCGCCCUCGGUCGCUUUGGCUUCGGGUGUCAGCGAUGGCCGGGCGACCAGCUGUGAGUCAGCCAGUCAAUCUCCUUCUGCAGCCAGCACGGGGGCUGCCUCUGGCAACCCGCCCUCAACGAGCCGGCCCGGGCCAGGGCAAGCCAGCACGUCACGCGAGUUUGCCCGCCGUCACACUGCCGGUCGACUCUCCGCAGCCGCGCGCUCAGAGCGGCCAAUGGUAUUCGUCCAGCAAAGCGGCAUGGGGAUUCUGGACGAGCUGGCCAAGCGGCGUCACGGCUUGAUCGAGGACGCUAAGGUGGCGGCGCAGCUGACUGUCAGCAGGUGCUUUGAAGUGGCUCGCUCCACCAUUCGGGCCGUGCUGCUGCUGCCUCCCCGGGAGGCCCCGGCAGCGUACACAGGGCUGGCACGGCACGAGGAGGCAGAGGCGCCGGAGGGCCCGAUUGGGUCAGGUGCACCUACACCAGGAGCUGACGGCACCAGCACUCUGGGCACGCCUGCCGCACAGCGGACACCGCGUGCGCCGCUUCAGCGCAGCAAGAGCGCGCACGUAAACAUUGCCGAGCUGGCCUACAAGCCGGGUGCGGGCGCCGGCGCGGCUUCAUCCAGCAUGUCUCGUCGCCAGCUGCGGCGCUCCCAUUCCUUUGGCCGCCAUUACGGCAGCAUUGCCUCCUACCAAGCUGCAACUGAGGCGCCAAGCGAUGCGCUGUCAGUGAUUCGCUCCGCGGGCUACCCGCACGAGCUACACAUGGUCACCACCUCGGAUGGCUACGUGCUGCGGCUGGAGCGCAUUCCGCGGCCUGGCGCCCGUGACACCGUGUUCUUCAUGCACGGCGUCCUGGACACCAGCAUGGCCUGGGUCAGCGGCGGGGUGACAGGUAGUCAGGCCUUCGCGGCGUGGGAGGCAGGGCUGGACGUGUGGCUGGGCAACAGCCGCGGCAACGCGCCCCGCCAGCACUCAGACCCUGCGUGCCGCGGUGGCCGGUACUGGCGCUACAACAUUAACCACAUGGGCAUGUACGACAUUUCGGCGCAGUUGGACCACAUACACAACAUCAAGUGCGCGGAGCUGGGCGCAGGCUCCGUCACCCUGGACUUGGACCACCUGGGUCCUUUGGCGGGCAGCUUCCUAGGCGGCGGCGCAGGGGCGGGGCUGGCUGGAUCUGGUGACAGCGGCACGCCGUCUGCGGUGGGCAAUGCGGGCGCCCGGGGCGUGAGCGGCAGCGGGCUGCUGCCGGACCGAUCGGUGAGUGCAGCUGAGCAGCCGCAGCGCUACAGGACUCCCUGUAGCGCGGCGGCACCAACGGUCCGGCUGGGUGGGGUGCGAAGCGGCAUGCGGAUGCGCAACUCCAAUAGCGACGGCAACCUGUGCCGCUGGGGUAGCACAGCGAGUGGAGUCAGCGCUGUCAGCGCCGUCAGCGCGGCCAGCAGCGGCGCGGCAUGCGGUGACGGUCUUGACAACGGCGCUGCUAGCGGCCGUGCAGAUCGGCAGGCGUCAGUGCUGCAGCAGUCACAGCUGCCUACUUUGGCUGGGCUUGACGCGGUGGAGCACGGCGGGGCUUCUGGCCCCGGGGCUGCAGCAGGAGAGGUCAUGGCGGCCCCCGUGGCCUCAUCCGCCAGCCUGUGUCGGGCUGGCAGCAGCCUGCUGACGCCCAUGCAGAGCUGUGAGAGUGGGGAGGUCGGUGCCGGUGAGCCGGGACAGGCGGCAGACCAGCAUGAAGGUGCAUUGGAAGCCCCACCGACGCCCACACCUCCUGCCAUCCACCGCAACGCCGUGACCCUGACCGUGUCGUCCGCAUGUGACGGCGAGGACGCCAGCAGCUUGUCAGGAGCCUCAGACGUUGCCGGGCGGCUGUUAGCGUCAGAGGCGCACCUGGCCUCGGGCUUUGACCACACUUCUGCCACGAAGCGCCCCGCUACUUUCACUCUGGAGGCGAAGACGCGCACGGACUUCAGGCAGCCGCCACAGGAUGCAUUGCUGCCGACACUUAGCACUGGCCCUACUGUGGCAAACGGAUCAGCGGGUCCCAGCGCUGCAGCUCCUGGCAGCGCACACUCGCUACUGGGUUCCAUGGGCGCCGUGUUGGGGCCAGCGGCGGGGGCAGUCAGCGCGGCAAUGGCGUCUGCCGGCGUGGCGCUUGCGGGGGUGGCUGCAUCGGCCUCGCAACUGCUGCAUACCACGCCGCCCGCAUCGCCCUUGAGGCCGGCUGCAGCAGGGGCUUCACCGCAUCGCCCGGAUGCAGCUGGGCCAGUGGGAGGCGGGCCGGGGCAUGCAGCAGCGGGCCCGACCACCGCCAGCCCCUUCGCCGCCCGGCCCGCACAGCUGCCGGCCGCCGCAGCCGAGGGCGUAGCUCAGCGGGCAGCAGCUGCGGGCUCCAGCCCGAGACACCCUGCCAUGCGAAUUGUGAACAAGCCACAGGAUGCAUCACCCCGACUCGAGCAGAGCCGUCCGGUGCGCCGGUCGGGUUCGGCAACGGCUCAGGCGCCCCAGCCUCAGCACCAGGCCACAACAGCAACUCACCGCGGCCUGACGCUCAGCCCUCCGCCUCCUGCGCCCUCCUCCCUGCCUGGCUUCCGCCGCGCCACCAGCACCGAUCAGCUUGCCAGCAGUGCUGCGGGUGUGCUGCAGGCAGGGCAGGCGACGGCUCGCGGCAGGGGCCCGCUGUACGCGGCCUCCCUGCAGCACGGCCUGACGGGGCCGGCGCGGCUGGGUAUCAGGAACGCACUGCAAGGCUUCGGCGCCGGGGCCGGCGUAGACCCAGGCCCUACCGCAACCACCGGCAGCGGCAUGGGUGCGGCGGGCCAGGCCUUCCCCGCCAUGCUGUCGGAGCCGGGUGCGGCUGCUGCAGCGGCGUCUGGUGGCGCGGGGUCGGCGGCCCAGGCUGCGCUUGCUGUGGCGGCCGCCGCCGCCGCCCCACCGCCGCCGCCCUACAAGCUGCGCUGUGUGGCUCACAGCCUGGGCGGCAUGUCGGUUCUUAUCCACCUGGUCAACCGGCUGCGGGAGGGCCGCCCGCACCACGUGAGUCGCCUGGUGCUACUCACGCCCGCGGGCUUCCACAAGUACUUUCCCAAGGCGGCCAAGCCUAUCGCCUGGGUGCUGCCGCUGCUGGCGCGGCUGUUGCGUCUGAUUCUGGGCCGCAGCUUCUGUUUCCCGCUGUACAUCCCCACGCCGCUGGGCCGGGCGCUGACCUUCAAACUGUUGCUGAGCGCCAGCCGCAUACCCGGACUGGGCGAGCUCAUGAGGCUGGGAUUUAAGGCGAUGCUGGACGGCGAUGUCAGCCAAUGGGACCGGGCGCUGCAGAUGCCGCAUUACAACGCGGAGGACAUGCCCGCUAUAAGCCUGGACCAGGUGCUGCACCUGGUCCAGCUCGCGUUCAGCGACUGCUUCAGGCUGUACGACUACGGCAGCGGCACCGCCAACCGGUUGCACUACGGCGUCAGCCAGCCGCCGGACGUGAGCGCCGAGUACUGGCGGCUGGACAUGCCCGUGCACCUGGUGGCGGGCCGGCGGGACGGCAUCAUCCCGCCCGCCAACAUCCGCCGGCACCUGGACGCUAUGAGGGCGCAGGGUGUGCCGGUGAGCUACCGGGAGUUUGACUUCGGGCACCUGGACUUCACGUUCGGCGUCAAGGAGGAGCUGCGCAUCUACCUCAUGAAGCUGCUGAGGAUGUGAGCAGAUGGCAGGGCGGGGAGAGGCGGGGAGUGGAGGUGGGGCAGCGGAACUCGGGUGGCGGCACGGCCGCUGCAUCAUGCAUGAGGGGGAAGCAUGUGCCCAUACCGAGUCGGGUCCGAGGAUUGGGUUUCUGUAUAGGGUAGCACAUGGCAGAGAGUGGAGGACGUUGGUAAUGAAUUUAGCCGGAGCAGUAUACGCAGACGGAGGAGUAUGAUCACUGCUGCAGUGGGGAAUGGUUAGUUGAUAAGGCGCCGGAAACCAGACCGAAGACCCGCAGCUGGCGGCGUGUACGCCUCACAUGCCAAAAACACGCACAACCACGCACGUACACCCAACAAUGCCACAUUUUGUUGGUGGUGGUGCGAGUGCGUAUGGCUCCCGGCGAUGAGUGUGCAGAGCAUUGUCGAAGACCAAGAGCGAGUUGUAGGCCGAAUUACCGGGUCUGUGUUCCGAUCUUGCAUUCAUUGUCGUAGUUGAUGCCCGGAGCUCACAUGAUUACAGGGACUUCGGCGUCCCGCAGGCCCCUACAAUGCUUAAAUGAUAACUUCGGUGGUGAUGGGUGCGGGUAUGCAGUGCCCCAUGAUAGUACGCCGGUAGCAGUCAUAUCGAAAUGGGUGAUCGGUACCCGCACAGCUGGAUGAGGGAGGUAGCGAUUGUUCUUGGCGGUAGCUGUUAGCAUGCGUUUGCCACAGUUUGCGGCAAAUAUGGUGAAAGUAUUUCUACGAUGCGUUCAUGUGUGAAUCGGGAAGCGGGUCACUUUCGCUAAGGGGCAGACUGGGCAGUACUGCCUGUUCGUCAGGGCUGCCUGUUCGGGGCCGUGUCAAGGGUGAAGAGCGUGCAAUGCCAGCAGCGUGAAGCGCGUACCGUACAUCCGGACGUGAUGCCGUUAUGUAUGCCGGACAGGACGAGCAGGUAUCGAUUGUCGCGUCCAGGUGUGUAGUCCGUUAAUAGUUUCAACCCAUGUCAGACUGCUCCAGACUCCGCACCUGAUCCUCUACGACCAGACUUAGCUCAUUAAAGGCAGCAUGUUAUGGCCAUCAAAUUAAACAUAACGCUGCGCCUGCAGACACCGCAUUGCGUGCCCACUCCUGGCCAUGGGCGUUGUAACGCGUCUGCACG